ACAGCUAACUGCAUGGAUUUUAUGUCAGUUUAAAAACAUCAACCAAUUCCACCCCCCAACCUCAUCAAUCUAUUUAUUGCCUUACCCACUUUCUCCUUCUCUCUCACUCACAACACAAAACAACACACACGUACACCAUCCAUCCAUGGCAGAACCUCCAUCAUCAUCGUCGUCCUCCUCCUCCAUUGAUGCAUACAAACUUCUCCACAUCGUCCCAAACCCAGAUGGCUCUCUCACCCGCCUCACCCCCUUCCCAGUCGUACCCCCAUCAGACUCCAUUACCAACACCAACCCAUCUCCAUUCACAAUCUCCAAAGACCUCCCUCUCAACUCCACCAACAAGACCUUCCUCCGUCUCUUCAAGCCUCUAAAUCUCCCCACAAACCCUAAUAAUAAUAACCUCCUCCCCCUCAUCAUUUACUUCCAUGGCGGCGGCUUCGUCUUAUUCAGCGCUGCGUCGCUUCCAUUCCACGAAUCAUGCAGCCGCAUGGCUCUCCACCUCCCGGCUCUCAUCCUCUCCCUCGAAUACCGUCUCGCACCCGAACACCGCCUCCCCGCCGCUUAUGACGACGCCGUCGAAGCCAUCUUGUGGGUCCGGCAGCAGGCCAAAGAUAUCAAUGGCUGUGAUCCCUGGUUAAGGGAUUGCGCUGACUUCUCUAGAUGCUUUUUAAUGGGGAGCAGUGCUGGAGGAAAUAUUGCCUACCACGCGGCUCUCCGUGCUCUCGAUUUGGAUCUAUCCCCGCUGGACAUCAGAGGUAUGAUAUUAAACCAGCCCUACUUCGGUGGGGUCCAGAGGACGGAGUCUGAGAUUAGGUUGUUUGACGAUCGCAUCUUGCCGUUGCCGGCUAAUGAUUUGUUGUGGGAGCUUGCAUUGCCCGAGGGAUGUGAUCGCGAUCAUGAGUAUAGUAAUCCGAUGGCAACAAAUGGUGGAUCGUCAGGAGGGAAGAUCGGACGGCUGCAAAGGUGUUUGGUUAGAGGGUAUGGUGGGGACCCACUGGUGGAUCGGCAGAGAGAGUUUGUGGAGAUGCUGAAGGGACGUGGAGUGGAAGUGGUUGCUGAGUUUGAUGAGGGUGGCUCUCAUGGAGCUGAGCUCUUUGAUGUCGCAAAGGCCAAGGCCUUCUACAUCAUUAGCCAGAAUUUUAUCAAUAAUAGUUCUUCUUCAUCUCAAGCUGGUUUUGUAAUUACUAAAUCAACCAUGUGAUAAUAUAUUUGGUGGUUUUGAGUG